AUGGCCUCCUCCGUCGUCACCAACAAGACCACCGACACGGUGGACCGCGAAAAGAAAUGUCCCCUGCUGCUGCGCGUCUUCAUCAACAACCACGGCCGGCACCACCACCUGAAUGAGUUUGCCCGCGGCAAUGUGCCCUCGAAGGAGGUGCAGAUCUACACCUGGAUGGACGCCACGCUGAAGGAGCUGACCGCCCUGGUGAAGGAGGUGAACCAGGAGUGCCGCAAGCCGGGCUCACGAUUCGACUUUGCACUGGUCUUUCCCGACAGCCGCGCCAACACCUACCGCAUGCGGGAGAUCGGCAGCACAGUGAGCGGCCGCAAGGACCCCGCCGACAUGAAGACGCUGGGGCAGGCGCGCUUCCAGAUUGGCGACUACUUCGAUGUGGCCAUCAACAUUCCCGGUGAUGAUCGUGGUGGCGGCGGAGACGGCCAAGAGAAGAGAAGAAGAGCAAACAGCGGCGGUUGGAG